UGGGUCAAGAUUUAAAUUCCUCUGUAUUGCUCAGUCUUUCUGUGAAAGAAAAGCAAACCAGCAAGGCAGAGUCAGAUUCCAGAAGAGAUAGACUCCUCCUGCUGCUGGAUUAUCCCUUAUUCCCAGAGGAGGUACAUUUCUUCCCUGGUAGUUGCUGGAUAUCAGAGCAUGUCUCCUAACAUGCAGGUGUUUGCGUUUUUCCUUCUGGUGGAAAUUACAGGUUUCUUUCCAGGUUUUUCCAGUCCUUCCUCUCCAGUCAAUUGUCAUUGGAAUCCUUAUGGCCCUUGGUCUGAAUGUGAUGGCUGCACUAAGACUCAGAUUCGUAGAAGAACAAUAGCAGUUUAUGGCCAAUAUGGGGGAAACCCAUGUGUUGGGAGUGCCUUUGAAACACGACAAUGUGUUCCUACGAGAGGAUGCCCAACAGAGGAGGGCUGUGGUGAUAGGUUCAGGUGCUUUUCAGGUCAAUGCAUUAGUAAAUCCCUGGUAUGCAAUGGAGACCAGGAUUGUGAGCAAGAUGGUGCUGAUGAGGAUCAGUGUGAAGAGAGCAGACCAGCUUGCGACAUUGAUAAAAUGCCUCCUAAUGCAGAACUUACAGGAGCUGGCUUUGAUGCCAUUACUGGAGAGACAAGGGGAAAAGUUAUACAUACUGCAAGUUUUGGUGGACAGUGCAGAAAGGUGUUUAGUGGUGAUCAGAGAGAAUACUACAGGCUGAGUGAAAGCCUUCUUGCCUACACAUUCCAAGUGAAAAUUCAGAAUGAUUUUAGCUAUGAGUUUUACAACAGUAGUUGGUCUUAUAUGAAAGACACAGAAAGACAGGUAAUCUCAAAAAGUGGCCACCACUAUUCCAAAAAAACACAUGAGGAAAGUAGCAAAAAGAGUAACCAUUUAAUGGUUGUUGAGAAUGAUGUGGAAGUUGCACAAUUCAUUAAUAAUCGCCCAGAAUUUCUAACUCUUACGGAGCCAUUCUGGAAAGAGCUUGCCAACCUUCCAGCUGUCUAUGAAUAUAGUGCAUACCGGAGAUUAAUUGAACAUUUUGGUACUCACUUCCUGCACUCUGGAUCUCUGGGAGGACAUUAUAAAGUUCUCUUUUAUAUGGAUACUGAAAAAAUGAAAACAGAAGAUUUGAGUAUUCUAGACAUGCGCCAAUGUACAACAUCAAGUAAGCGUUUUCUCUUCAUAAAAAAGAAAAAAACCACCUGCACAAAACUGAAUGAGGUGUUAAGAUCAUCUUCAGGAAGCAGUCAUAAUCAGAUUAAAGGUGAUCCCUAUGUAGAGGGAGGAAAUCCAGCAGCGGUUGCUGGCCUUGCUUAUAUAGAUUUGAAUAAUCCUGCUGGAAAUAGUGAAAGAUAUUCCUUCUGGGCUGGAUCAGUGAUAUACUACCCCAAAAUAAUUAAACAAAAGCUAACACCAUUGUAUGAGCUGGUAAAAGAAGUGACCUGUGCCUCUGUUAAAAGGCAUUACCUGAAACUAGCCAUUGAAGAGUAUCUGAGUGAGAAUGAUCCCUGCAAAUGUCGGCCUUGUCAAAAUGGUGGUGAACCUGCCAUAGUAGAAACUGAGUGCCUGUGUUUCUGCAAACCAUAUACGUUUGGAACAGCUUGUGAACUCGGAUAUCUCGUACAAGAUCAGCCAGGAGUAAUUGAUGGAAGGUGGAGUUGCUGGUCCUCUUGGAGUCCUUGCUCAGGAGGAAGAAAGACAAGAAGUCGAACAUGCAAUAAUCCACCACCUAGUGGUGGCGGGUUAUCCUGCAUUGGAGAACAGUUUGAAAGCAGACAAUGUGAGGAUGAGGAGUUGCAGCAUUUUCGUUUGAUUGAACCACACUGCUUUGAUAUGUCCAUAAUCCCCACAGAAUUCUGCUCACCUCCCCCGCUCUUGGAAAAUGGAUUUGUUGAAAAUGCUGAUUCCUCAUAUCCUGUUGGGAAAAGUGUUGUUUACGCCUGCAGAGAUGGUUAUUCUCUUGUUGGUGAUCCUGUUGCUAAAUGUGGGCAAGGUUUAAAGUGGCUCAUUGGGGAUAUGCAAUGCAAGAAAACAGCUUGUGUCUUACCUGUCCUGAUGGAGGGCAUGAGAGGGGAGCCAUGGAAACCUUCUUAUGAGAUUGGAGAGAAGAUAACUCUGUCCUGUCAAGAUGGCAUGCAUUUGGAAGGGGCAGCUCUCAUUCUUUGUGAGCCCAACCUCAAGUGGUCUCCGGAUAUAAAGGAUAUUCAGUGCAAAAGAAGAGUACCCAGUGUGAAACCAGAAUUGACAGAACUUAAAUGUCAGCCAUGGGAGAAAGUGCAGCAGUCAAAAUGUGUAUGUAAAAUGCCUUAUGAGUGUGGACCAUCCCUGGAUGUGUGUGCCACAGAUGAGAGAAACAAGAGAAACACAGCCUUAACAGUGUGUAAGAUGUAUGCUCUUGAGUGUAUGGGCAGAGAAUACUCUUUGACCAGUGAGGAAAACUGCAAAAUGCCUGCUGCAGCUGCAAAACCUUGUGGCUCAUGUCAUUUGUGGGAAACAUGUAAUGCUCAAACCAACAUGUGUGUGUGCCGAGAAGCUGGGCAAUGCGACGAGGGAGGAAUAAGCAUCUGCGUUGAAGUGAAUGGGAAAGCCGCCAGUAGGACUAUGACUGAAUGUGAGGCUGGUCUCCUCAAGUGCCGCGGGAAGACGGUCACCCUUGUCAGCAUAAGGCCCUGUGAUGUACAGAGCAAAUAAGAUGUUUCAUGAUUCAUUUUGCUUCUUGCCAGGGGAUGUCAAAAUGUCACUUGUAGGUUAUAUGAUCUUUUAUGCUGAAAAGUGGCUUUGAGUUUAUUUUUUUCCUUUCUAUGUACAUAAAACCUUAUUCUGUUUAAUGUGUUACACAAAGCCCACUGAAAUCCGUGAGGGUCUUUCCCAGGCGUGCUAUGACAAUUUGUGUCAUGGGGAUGUUGACAGCUGUUAUACCAAACUGGAACCCUGCAUAUAAUGGAAACCACUUCAAGCCGGGGAUUCUGCAGCACCACCUCCCACCCACCACUAAUUCAGGCACCUUUGGUCUUUCAAUUCACUUCAGUAGGAUUUGAAUCAAGUUGAACAUUGACUCUGUAGCUCUAUGGCUCUGACUUGGAAUGGGCAAGUUUGCAUUCCACUUCCUUUGGGUUAAAAUGUUUCCAAAAUUGGCCUUGACCCUUCAUCUUAUUUCCUGCAGGUACAUGGAACAAUUUGUAGACUCAUAGUCUAAAUCAGCAAAUACCGCUGUGCUAUUUAUAAGGGGCGAUUGAUUUAAAUGUCUAAACCAUGUAAAUUCAUUUGAAAACAAAGCACACAAAUGCACACAUACACUGAUUUAGACCAGCUAGGUUCCCUGUGUUGAAACCAGGGGAAAAAAUGGUCCAUUAAUGCAAUAAGAGAUGAGAUAUUUCCUUUUAAUGAAGUAAUUUUGUUCCCAUUUUGCCUUAUUCAAUUAAGCCCACUGAAUGCACAGCACUGUACCUAUCACUGAGCCUGAAGCAUUUAUAAAUCAAAGCAAUGUGCACUAAUAAUGAAGACAGCUUAAAAUAAUGAAAAGAAUUAAUAUCCUGUAGCUUCUUAUGCACAAUUGUGUGUCAUACAAAUAUAACCAUAUUUCACAUCACCCUAACUUUCACUGAGAGCUAAACUUUCAAAUAUAGGCAGCUACAUGCAGGAUAUAGUCGAUGGCUUUGCCAUAAUGGGGUCCCCUAAAUGUGGUGGGGGGAUAGAUAGGAAUGCAUAUCCCUAUCUUGGCACCGGACCAUCUUGCCAAAGAGUACAUAAGCUGCAUGGGGUACUUCUCAAUGGUAUUGCAGAUGCUGGUGGAUCACAAAGGCCAGUUCCCCAACAUCAUGUGGGAUGGUCAAGAAAGGAGCAUGACAUGAGCAAUUUAGGAUCUCUGGUCUCUUCAGAAGGCUGCUUUAUUUCUUCCCAGACUGGAAAAUAACCAUUGGAAGAUGUUGAAAUGUCAAUAGUUAUGCUUGGAGACCCAGCCUACCCCUUGCUUCUGUGGCUCAUGAAGCCAUACUCAGGCAGCCAGGACCACAGUAAGGAGCAGUCCAACUACAGGCUGCACAAGUUCAGAAUGAUGAUGGACUGUGCCUUUGGCCAUUUAAAAGGGAUAAUUUCAGAGUUUAUUAUCUAGGUUAGACCUCAGUGAAAACAACAUUUCCAUUGUUUUGCCUGCUUGCUGUGUGCUCCAUAAUAUGCGUGACAGUAAGGGGGGAAAAGCUUCUGCCAGGGUUGGGAGGGAGGCAGAUUAUAAUCUAUGUAUGAGCACUAUGUAUCAGUAGCCAGACACCAGGGCAAUAAGGAGAGCACACUGAGGGGCACUGUGAAUCAGAGAGGCUUUGAAAACAAGUGUCAUUUUUUUUGACUGUGAUGUCACACUUAUGUAUGUUGCUCUUAAUGUAGUGUCCCCUGAAUUAUAUGUAAUGGCCUGUAGACCACCCACCCCCAAACCACCACAUAGUUAGCACAGAUAAUAAAGAUCCCAUUGUUUUGAAA